CUACUCCACUAGCCCUACAAACGACUAUAAACGGCGUUUUAUACAAAAUUGCCUUAUUAAAAGCUGGCAUGCAUGGUAGAUAAUCAAUUCCUGUUUCGAAGAUGAUAUUAAUCAUUCUUAUAUAGGCUCCUCCUACCUGCUCUCUUCUUUCCUCGUGUCAGAACCUCAAGGAUUAUGCAGUUCUACCCUUUUGUCCUUUCUUGUCUUCUGGCGCAGGCCGCGGCAUCCCCCCGGAUCCAGAAACGAUGGCUAAACGGGGACACUGCCACUGGCACCACCGAUCCAGACGUGACCAGUGACUGUGAGUAUUGGGCCAACGACAUCUCCGCGACCGAUACCUGUGCGGAGCUCGAGAUGUACUUUGAUGCCACUGUCGCUGAGCUCCAUGCCUGGAAUCCCUCGCUGCUGGAAGACUACUGCGUGCUGAUCGAAGGAUGGAGCUACUGCGUCGAGGGUCCGGCCGUGACUGUCACCGCGGCUGCGUCCACUACGACGAAUACCGCGAUCCCAGUUGUCGGUUUCACCGAGGUGACGGAUUUUGUGACCAGCACGACCCUCGCGGCUGCGACUGCUACCUCUGCAUCGGCCACCACUGUCACCACUUACUCGGGCGGAGUGCCUUCACCAACGCAGAGUGGCCUCGUGGGGGCGUGCAAUGAGUACUACUAUGUUAAAUCAACAGAUACUUGCUAUACGAUCCAGGAUCUGUACUUGGAUUUCACACUCAAUGAGUUCUACACUUGGAACCCUUCUAUCUCGACAGGCUGCGUCGGUUUGGAGCCAGGCUACUAUGUCUGUGUUGGGGUAACCGGGGGUACUUCUAACAUUGCCACUGCUACUGCCACUAUCGCUGGAACAACAACCGCAACUGCAACCUCGUCCUUACCAUACGAGCCUCAGCAGACCGGUCUUACAUCGAACUGCGAUGAUUAUUACUAUGUAAACGAGGGCGAUGCCUGCACCGCUAUCCUCGAGGAGUUCGAUAUCACCAUGGCUGAAUUCUACGCCUGGAAUCCCGCGGUAGGGUCCGACUGUAACACUAUGGAAUAUGGGUACUAUGUCUGCGUGGGCGUCCCUGGCUCUAAUGCAACAACUAUGACCACGCAGUCCAUAACCCCCCCUACUGCCACCAUCGCCUCAACUACUACCACCGCAUCUACUUUAAUUCUAACCACAACAACUACAACAGCAACUAUUAUAGGCCCCUCCCCGACCCAAACUGGCAUUACCACUAACUGUACCACCUACUACGAGGCCACCGCUAACGACAGUUGCUGGUCAAUCGUGACGGAAAAAUACGCCUACCUCACCGAGACUGAAUUCAUCGACUGGAACCCGGCCGUCGGGUCUGACUGCACCAGCCUGUGGGCAGGCUACUACUACUGCGUGGCAACUACUACCGUCGCCCCUAUGCCGGACAUCACCGACAGUUGCACUAGUUACUACCUUGUCGCCGAGGGGGAUAGCUGCUAUUCUAUUGAGCAGGCGUACGGGAUCUCCGCCGCCGACUUUGUGGAGUGGAAUCCUGCCGUGGGGGACAGUUGUGCGUCGCUGUGGGAGGGGUAUUAUGUUUGUGUGGCUGUAUGAUUUAACUAAUAAAUCUCGGGAUCGUUAACGGGGAGUAAGGUAGAGUAAAAGUGUAAAAAUGUGGUCGGUACAUUAAUAGCAAACUGACUGCGAUUUUAAGCUGUUAUAAGAAUCCUUGCUGAAUUCAUUUAAUUAUCUAUCAACAUGCCUGGUACUACAAAGUCAAGAUAAGA